CCGUCUAAGGUGAGUUCUUUUAUGGAUUUAAUUUACUUUCCAAUUUUGGAAAAAAAGGUAUGUUUAGAUUUUAAAUUUAUUGCUUCCUGCUAAUCCUAUCCGACGUUUUUUUUAUUUGCGUGUUUGACAAGAGCAGGAGAAGAGGAACUGUCGCCGUUGUAUAUUUCCAAAGGUAGCAGAGGCGACGAGAACUACCCACUGCUCUCUAGGUAAGUCUCUUCUUUUAAAAUUUUGCUCUAUUUAUACUCUGGGUGUCUGGCUUUCUUUGUUUUGGUUCUGAUAUGUUUUUGUUUUUAUCGGAUUCCUGCCAAGGGAUAAGUGAGAAGAAGUCGCCAUCGACAUUUCUCUCUUCGUCUCAUGAAGAAGAAGAACCGGUUUCCAGAACGAUCUCUAACUCGCACUGCUGGCUGCAGUUCCUGUCCCUUCUUCUCUUGAAUCUAACCUUUUAUUCUUGUUUCCCAUGGUCACUUUCUUUUUCCGGAUUUGCUUUGCACAAAGCUCCCUUUUUUUAUGGCACAAAUCCGAUCACUUUUCUGGUGGUAAGUCUAUGAAAGGCAAUGCAAGGAACCUCCCCACCGAUGACAUGUCACUAUCUCCUCUAUUCCUUUCCAGUUUCAUAAUGGGAUUUUAAUUGGUAAUUUGGGGAUUGUUAGUUUCCUUUUAUUUGGGUCUCUCUUUCUUAUUUCCAACUUGUGAUUCUAAUUUCCGGGAUGCAGCAAAAACCCAACAGUCAGUCUUCGCCGUUACUGGAACGCUGGGAAUCCCAAUUAAUCCCCUUUUGGGGUUCUAUGUUUACAGUAUUGAUGUUGAGGUAUCCCCUUUGUCCUUCUACAAAGCAUAUCCAUUGAUUCAUUGCUCCCUGCUACCGAUCUCUCCUAGCUCCACUGUUGCUAUGGAACGUUCGGACUUUGUGUUGGAAUCUUCACUUGGCGCCAUUUUCCACUCUAUGAACACAGAACUGUUAGUUUCUUCAAUUUGAUUACUCAAGCCAUUUUAUGAAUUGAUGAUAAAUUUGAAAUGGGUUUCUGCUUUUUCCAGGGAAGCGUUUCAUCGUAUUGCCUCUUGAGAGGAUGUAUCGUCAUGGUGGCCAGUUGGUGAGCGGGUAUUCUGCUCAGUCUAUCACUACCAAACAACUGCAGUUUCGGAUUGGGGUCACACCGGCACUAGCCUAUUCCUUAUAUGCCCUUCUAACCCUUCAUGAUAUGCAUCAAUCCGAGUGCAUCCAGGCGUAUAGAGUGGUGGAGAUGAGUCAGAUGACUAUGUUGUUCAGGAUUCUAGAAGAUGUAAUUUUGGUGGAUGGAAUAGGAGACAACGAAUGUCGUCCUCUGUGGUGGAAUAUGGAAGCUGAAAUGAUUUCUAAUUGGUUGAUAGACCCUAAGAACUUCAGGAACAUAAGAUUCCUGGAUGACGAGUCGUUGGAUCCACAAGGUUGGGGAGGUUGCUGAUUUCUUGUACGAACAGGGUGGACCUCCUUCAAUACGUGGUAAUUUACUGUUUUUUUACACACGCUUCUCUGAACUAAAAGCAAUAUACUCAUUUCAGUUUUAUAUGCUCUCACUUGGGAAUAUGCUGUUGGAAGUGAUGCUGGUAUAAUUUGGUGUCAUUGGCGAACCAUUGAUUCUUGAGAGGCUUCAGGUAAUGUCUGUGUUCUUAUCUGGAUCUGCUAUGUUUUCCUAUAUUUUCUUGCAUUCUUUUAGCCGAUUUUUUGAAUCAGUAGGAGAAUGCUCAUCAGGUUCCACGAAUGACGUUUUAGCAUCAUAUGCCACUUCAAAAUCUUAAAUUCUUAUGUUGAUGUUAUGUUCUAUUAUUUUACACGGUGAAUUAGAAAUCAUGUUUGGUCUCUAAAAUAAGAAUGAAUGCAGGUUUGUGUUGCCCAGGUGUAACUUGUGCUUACUUUUCAUAUUCACUUUAGCAGUUCAACUUGAGGUGUUAUAUUGAUUUUGUUUUCAAGUAUGGUUGGUAUUUUUAUUUUGUUUUGGAUACUCAUAGGAUAAUUGUCAAUGCCAAACAGUCAAUGUAACUCAUCCAAAAUUAAUUUUGUGAUUUCUUUCAACUAUUUGGUACUGUUUCCUUCCCCAGUCAUAUGCAAUUCUGUUAUGAUCUAAUAGUUUCCCAUUUGACAGGUUCCAUUUGUUGCUAUAGGUGUUUGAUAGAGUGCAGCGUAUAUGUUCAUGAGUUUGCUGCUAUAGAUAUUCAAUCGAGUACACCAUCUAGGGUCUCUUUUGUUCAAUUUCACAAUUUUUUACUUCAUUGUUUAAUUGUUUUGAUGUUUCAUUUUUUCUAUCGAACUGUUUUUUACUUCAAUUUUUCCCUUUUUAAAUGUUCCGUUAUUGUGGGUCUCUUUCCACUUUUGUCGCUAUAGCAUUAUAAGGAUCAGCUUAAACCCUUUUUAUAUCGCAGUAUGAGAUUGGAGUAUUUGUUCAUUUGGUUGCCUUCAGUCAGUAGCAUUACCGUGCCUUUCAUUCAACAUUUGGUCGUUUUAUUGACCUAUGAUAGCGUUGAAUUGAUAUGCUUGAAGAAUUUCAUCCGACUUACCUUUAUGAUCUGCUUUGGGUUUCUCUCAUUCAAAUCAAAUAGAUGUUGUUGUCUGUUUAGCUUAUUGAAGUUGUUCAUCCACCAAGAAUUAACACAUCCCUCAGGUUGUUACUUAGUGGUUCAAUCACUUCAGCUGCAAAUUGAUGUUUUUUUGGGUUUUCCUUCUUCGUUUGCAUAGGUUAGGCUCUUGCUUUCCUUCCAAAUUUAAUUUCUGUUAUCCGAAAAUGUGGGCAAAGACUCAAAGCACUUGAACAACAACAUCAAUCUCUAUGCAGACAAGGAUUGUGCCAAACAUUGAUUUUUUAGUAUCUUUUGUUUACGUUAUAACCAGAUUCAUGAUCUAUUUAUAAUCACAUAUUAAUGGUUACACUAAUUUCUGCCCCGUCGCGCAGCGCGGGCUUCCUUGCUAGUACAAAUUAAUUGUCGAGCUUUGAAAUUUACCUUCAGCAAGUAUCAGGGAAAACAAUCAGUUUUUCCCCAAAUUUGAAUCCAGCGCAACCGGAGAAGACGACCGUUGCAUCAAUCAAACGUCGCCAUUGUGCCAAGAGCCAUUGUGAUUGAUUCAAACGCUGUCGUUGUGACAAGAUGCACUCUCACUAAACCGGACGACGCCGUUUCGGCGAGACCACAACCGAGAAGCUGGAGUGAUGUCGUUUCUGGCAAAUUACCAAUAGCUCCCUAAACUUGUUGUUUCUAUUUCUUUCCAUUUCUGAGUUGUACUUGCUUAGGACCCAAGCUUUGUCUUCUUCUUCCAAUCUGUCUGUAAUAGACUACCCAGCUAUAUAAGCUGUGAGAGAAAUGAAAUGAACUAAGGCUU